AUGUUUAAUUAUAAGAUUUAUUCGAAAGCAAAACCACCAGAUAUUCAGAUUGCCAGAAUGCCAACAAAAAUCAUUUCUAUUAAACCUGUCACUCGUAAGAAUCAAACAGGCGAUAACGAUGUUUCAAACAAUCAAAAAAUCAAACGAAUUCAUUGGAAAACACAGAUCGAACAUCUAUGCAAUUUAAAUAUCAGUCAUCCAUAUCGUCGUGGUCGAAAAACAUCUAUUAUAUGCACCAUUGAUUAUCAUAAAUUUUUAGGACCAGCAUGUCGAAGCGUAGUAAAUUUGCUUCAGUUGAUCGAAAAUGGUAUGAAUAUUGCUCGACUUAAUUUUAGUCAUGGUUCGCAUGAAUACCAUGCGGAAACUAUAAAUAAUAUAUCAGAAGCAAUUUCAAAGUCGCAUAUUCCCAGAAGUAUUGCAGUCGCUCUCGACACAAAAGGACCAGAAAUCAGGACUGGAAACAUUGUGACCAUUCAUUACUUUGGCCUUUUGGGAAGCCGGAAGGGAGUGAAUUUGCCUGGAGCCAUACUAGAUAUUCCCGAGCUAACUCAAAAAGACAAAGAAGAUCUUAAAUUUGGUGUUGAAAAGGGAAUCGAUAUAAUUUUCGCAUCAUUUUGUCGAAAUGCUCAGGUAAUUCGUUCAAUUCGCGAAGCCCUUGGCGAAAAAGGCAAACAUAUAAAAGUUAUUGCAAAAAUUGAGAAUCAAGAAGGAGUUGACAAGAUUGACGAAAUAAUACAAGAAGCUGAUGGUGUAAUGGUUGCUCGUGGUGAUCUUGGAAUUGAAAUACCAGCUGAAAAAGUUUUCUUGGCUCAGAAAAUGAUCAUCGCAAAAUGUAAUCGACUUAAUAAAUCAGCUAUUUGUGCAACUCAAAUGCUCGAUUCUAUGAUUCAUAAACCAAGGCCAACUCGAGCUGAAGCUAGCGAUGUCGCAAAUGCUGUACUUGACGGCGCUGAUUGUGUAAUGCUAAGUGGUGAAACAGCUAAAGGUGCUUAUCCUCUUCAAGCUUUGCAAACCAUGCAUAAGAUAUGCAAAGAAGCUGAAUCUGCAAUCUUUCACAGCAAACAUUUUGAGGAACUUCUAAGUCAAAUAAACAUUCGAACUGAUCCAGCUCAAAGUGUAGCAAUUGCUGUUUCUUCUGCCAUCGAAUCUUGUCAGGCUGCAGCCAUUAUAUGUGUGACGAAUACAGGAAGGUUAAAUUAA